AUGUUGACGCCAGCAAAGUUAUAUUGUGCACUCGCAGAGUACGAUCUGCGAGAAUGGCCGAGUCCAAAGUCGAAAAGCGGAAUCGGCCGCCCAAGUCGUGCGAGCCGUGUCGUCUACGAAAGUGAGCUUCCUCUCUCCUGCUCGACCGAAUAUACUUCCUUUCGACGGCCGUUGCUGACCAACAGACUCAAAUGCAACCGCGAACAGCCGUGCGAUGCGUGCACGCGCCGCGACAAGGCGGCGUUCUGCCUGUAUGCGGCGAAUGCAGACCGGAGUGAGAGGCGGGAUGCGGCCGCGAAGAGUGGUGGUGGCAGUGGAAGCAGUUCCCGGUCGGUGACGGGCCGUCUCCAGCGGCUCGAGGAUAUGAUUCUGCAAAUGGCCGGAGGCUCUGCCGGUAAGUCGGUCGGUGACCAGGCGGCGCUGCCACACGACUUGUCACGCCACUUGGACGACGGUGCCGUCGACGCGUCCAUGUCUGCUGGUGACUCGGUCGACAAUUCGGUCAAUACGCCGCUCUCGGACGAGCUUCAGGUUCCAGUCGACAGCGGCAAUCCUGUCACUCCCGAAACAUCCAUCACCGCAUUUUCAGAGCGCCCGUCGCUCGGCGGUGGACAGCUCGACAUCGGCCACACUACAUACAUCGAUGCCAGCCACUGGUCGUCUCUCCUGGAAGAGAUCAAAGAACUACGCCAGCAGCUGUCAUCGCCCGUCGAAAGAGACCAGCAGCCGGAGUCAUUGGCUUCCUUGUCUCUGACCAACCCGUCCCCUUCGAUGCACACCGACACAGCUCAACCGGCCUUGGAAACACCCGACGACAGCUAUGCGGACCUCGUGUUUCCGCAGCCGUCUGUUGGUUCCGAGGAGCUGCUAAAGUCCCUGCCGCCUCGAGCUUAUGCCGCGUUCUGGGAGGCUCCGACUCAAGCACCACCCCUCUGGAUCGCCUUGCUCUUUUCCGUCUUGGCCGUAUCGGCUGGCCUACAUCUCAUGGCCCACACAGGCGGCAACAAUGUCGACACCGACACGCCCUCUCCCGAAGCCAUGGCCGACAAGGCGCGCCAGUAUCUCGUGCUGGGCCACUACGCCGACGUCGACGCCCACAGCCUCGAGGCCAUGAUCCUGCUGCUCCAAAGCCACUACUUUUACGUCGCCGACUACCGGCCGCGCGGUGCCGCCACGGCGUCCAACGUCUGGUACCUGAUUGGCAUGGUGAUCCGGCUGGCCGUGCGCCGCGGCUACCACCGUGACCCGUCCAAGCUGCAGGCAACCCGGCUGUCGCCCUUUGCCGGCGAGAUGCGCCGCCGUAUCUGGGUGGCCAUUGUGCAGGUGGACGCGCUCACGUCCUUCCAGGUCGGCCUGCCGAGCAUGAUCCCCAUGGCCGACUGCGACACGGCGCUGCCGCGGAACCUCGAGUUCACCGACUUGCGGCCCGACAUGGCGGAGCUGCCAUCCUCGCGGCCCGUGUCCGACAACACGACGAUCCUGUACACCAUCGUCAAGUCGAGCGUCAUGGCGUGCUUCCAGGCGGUUGUGGCACACACGCGGUCGCUGGCGCCGCGGCCGUACGAAGACACGCGUGCGUUGGAUGCCCGGCUGCGAAGGGCGUACGCUGAACUGCCCGCGCACUUCCAGUACCGGCCGCUGGCGGCGUCGCUCAUCGACAGCCCGCCCAUCAUUAUGAACCGGAUGACGAUUGAGAUGCUGUACCUGAAGAGCCUGAUUGUGCUGCACAGAAACUACAUUCCACAGUACUACAAGCAGUCGUCAUCGUCAUCAACGACAAUGUCGACAACAUCAUUCGUCUCCACCUCCCGCUUGGCCUGCCUUGAUGCCGCUUGCACGGUUCUCGACCGCCAAGCCGAACUGACAGCCGCUACCCAACACGGCGGCAUCCUCCACGACGCCCGUUGGAUGAUCUCGGCGCUGACCGUCAACGACUUUAUCCUCGCCGCCAUGGUCUUGUGCCUCGACAUGACGCUGGCGAGCAAGCACGGACAAAGCACGGAUGACGGCCACAACCGUCGGCUCGCCGCUCUCCGGACAGCGCAUGCCAUCUGGGUCGCCCCCAGUGCGCAAUUCCCAGAAGCGCGCAUUGCCGCCGACGCACUGGGUGCGACUCUCGCGCGCGUGGAGGCCGGACAGGCCCCGCAGAUGGACGUCCCGGCCGCUGACGGCCAGUUCGUGUCUGUCGACGCCAUGACCACCGACAGCGACGUGGACGGGCUCGAUUUUAUCAACUGGACGUUCCUCGACAACAACUGCCACGACCCGCUCAACGAGGAUCUCGACCUCAACACAUGGAUGACAGACGCCACAAAGGCGUCUGGCUUUAUGGAUCUGUUCUAG